CCCCUCGAGGAGCGAGCGAGGCGCAGCCGCGUGCGCCUCGCAGCAGAGCCCGAGAAACCAACCAAAACCCCGAGCCCAUUAAAACCACGCCUCCUCGCGAGCGCCACUGCCGCUGCCCCAACGCGGCUCAGCGCCACCGGCCAUGACUCGCCUCCUCCGGGCCCUCGCCGCCCUCCUCCUCCUCGUUGCCGUCGCCGUCGCCGUCGCCGACGACGGGGCAACACUGCUGGAGAUCAAGAAGUCCUUCCGCAACGGAGCCAACGCGCUGCACGAUUGGUCCGGCGACGGCGCAUCGCUGGGCUACUGCUCUUGGCGCGGCGUGCUAUGCGACAACGUCACCUUUGCUGUUCGGGCUCUCAACCUCUCGGGGCUCAAUCUCGAGGGUGAAAUCUCACCAGCCAUUGGGAACCUGAAACGUGUCGUCUCAAUAGACUUGAAGUCGAAUGGACUUUCCGGGCAGAUCCCUGAUGAGAUUGGCGACUGUUCGUUGCUUGAAACUCUGGACUUGUCCUCUAACCAUCUAGAAGGAGACAUACCAUUCUCCCUAUCUAAGCUGAAGCAUCUUGAGAACUUGAUCUUGAAGAACAACCAGCUGGUUGGGGUGAUACCAUCUACACUCUCUCAACUUCCGAAUUUGAAGAUAUUGGACUUGGCUCAGAACAAGCUAAGUGGUGAAAUCCCAAACCUAAUCUAUUGGAAUGAGGUUCUUCAAUACUUGGGAUUGCGAAGCAAUAAUUUAGAAGGAAGCCUCUCUCCUGAUAUGUGCCAAUUGACUGGCCUGUGGUACUUUGAUGUGAAGAACAAUAGCUUGGUGGGUACGAUACCAGAAACUAUAGGGAACUGUACAAGCUUUCAGGUCUUGGAUUUGUCAAACAAUCAGCUUACUGGAGAAAUCCCAUUCAACAUUGGUUUCCUGCAAGUGGCUACGUUGUCUUUGCAAGGGAACAAGUUCUCUGGCCCCAUACCAUCAGUGAUUGGACUUAUGCAGGCGCUUGCAGUGCUGGAUCUGAGUUUCAACGAGCUAUCUGGAGCCAUACCAUCUAUACUGGGCAACUUGACAUACACUGAGAAACUAUACCUGCAAGGCAAUAGGCUAACUGGAUCGAUACCGCCAGAGCUUGGUAAUAUGUCGACACUGCAUUACCUGGAACUGAAUGACAAUCUAUUGACUGGGUUCAUUCCUCCUGAUCUUGGAAAGCUCACAGAAUUGUUUGACUUGAACCUUGCAAACAACAACCUAGGAGGACCUAUCCCUGAUAAUAUAAGUUCAUGCAUAAAUCUCAUUAGUUUGAAUGCUUAUGGCAAUAAAUUAAAUGGAACCAUUCCACGUUCAUUUCACAAGCUCGAGAGUCUGACUUAUCUGAAUCUGUCAUCAAAUCAUCUCAGUGGAACACUUCCAAUUGAGGUAGCGAGAAUGAGAAAUUUAGACACGCUGGACUUGUCCUGUAACAUGAUCAAUGGUUUGAUUCCCUCAGCUAUUGGAAGACUAGAGCAUCUUCUGAGGCUCAACCUGAGCAAAAAUGCUCUGGUUGGACACAUUCCUGCCGAGUUUGGGAACUUGAGGAGCAUCAUGGAGAUCGAUUUGUCCAAUAACCACCUUGGUGGCCUGAUCCCACAAGAGGUUGGGAUGCUUCAAAAUCUGAUACUGUUAAAAUUAGAAAAUAAUAGUAUUACUGGAGAUGUCUUGCCACUUAUUAACUGCUUCAGUCUUAAUAUCUUAAAUGUGUCGUAUAACAACCUUGCUGGUAUUGUACCUACAGACAACAACUUCACCCGAUUUUCACCUGACAGCUUCUUGGGUAACCCUGGACUUUGUGGCUAUUGGCCUGGUUCUCGUACUUCAUGCUCUCCUUUAUCAUCCAGUCUUGAACACAAAAAGAGAUCCUCUGUCUCAAAGGCUGCAUUUCUUGGUAUUGGUGUCGGUGGGCUUGUUAUCCUGCUCAUUAUCCUAGUAGCUGCUUGCUGGCCGCACAGCUCACCUGUUCUCAAAGAUGUCUCUGUAGGCAAGCCAGUGACAGACAACCUUGGUGCAGUGUCAAGCAAUGUUCCUCCCAAGCUUGUGAUCCUCCACAUGAACAUGGCCCUCUAUGUAUAUGAUGAUAUAAUGAGGAUGACUGAAAAUUUGAGUGAAAAAUACAUUAUUGGAUAUGGAGCAUCAAGUACUGUCUAUAGAUGUGAUCUGAAGAACUGCAAGUCAGUUGCGAUAAAAAAGCUAUAUGCUCACUACCCACAGAGCUUGAAGGAAUUUGAGACCGAACUUGAGACUGUUGGAAGCAUCAAGCACCGAAAUCUUGUCAGCCUUCAGGGGUACUCCCUGUCACCUGCUGGGAAUCUUCUUUUCUAUGAUUACAUGGAAAAUGGCAGCCUCUGGGACAUUUUGCAUGUAUCUUCAUCCAAGAAGAAAAAACUUGAUUGGGAAGCUCGCCUCAAGAUCGCUCUUGGUGCUGCUCAAGGCCUGGCUUAUCUUCACCACGAGUGCAGUCCGCGAAUAAUUCACAGGGAUGUAAAGUCAAAGAAUAUCCUUCUAGACAAAGACUAUGAAGCUCAUCUUGCUGACUUUGGUAUCGCCAAGAGCUUGUGUGUGUCGAAGACACACACAUCAACUUACGUGAUGGGUACCAUUGGUUACAUUGACCCUGAGUAUGCACGCACAUCCCGGCUCAAUGAGAAAUCAGAUGUAUACAGCUAUGGCAUCGUCUUGCUGGAGUUGCUUACUGGCAAAAAACCUGUCGAUGAUGAGUGCAAUCUUCAUCACUUGAUUCUAUCCAAAGCCGCAGACAACACGGUCAUGGAGAUGGUCGACCCAGACAUCACCGACACGUGCAAAGAUCUCGGCGAGGUCAAGAAGGUUUUCCAGUUGGCACUCCUUUGCAGCAAGAGGCAACCGUCGGAUCGACCGACGAUGCAUGAGGUUGUGCGUGUCCUGGACAGCCUAGUCUGCCCAGACCCACCCCCGAAGCAGGCACAACCACAGGAAUCGGGGCAGUCAGCCGCAGCUCCUAGCUACAUCAGUGAGUAUGUUAGCCUUCGAGGCGGCAGCUCGCUCUCCUGCGCCACUUCAUCUAGUGCGUCGGACGCCGAGCUCUUCAUGAAGUUUGGCGAAGUGAUAUCGCGGAACACAGAAUAGAUCGAUCGUGUGUCUGUCAGGUCUCUAGAGUCAGUUCAGCCUGCAGUGUGCAGCAUUUUGGUUACAAUCUACAAACGGUAUCUGGCGGAACACAGAAUAGAUUGAUCGGCUGUCUGUCAGGUCUCAAAAAUCAGUUCAGCCUGCAGUGCGCAGCAUUUUGGUUACAAUCUACAAGCAUCUGGCGCCCUGUGAGUCUGUAAAUAUGUCGGGACUUCUCCGGCUAUUUUUUUCCUCCGUUUUUCCACCUUUUUUCCUAGUGUUUUGAGACAAUGCAAAGUGUACUAAAGUAGAGUGUUCUGUUGUGAAAAAAACGAAGCUCAACAAAGGAAAAAUGGAGUUUGGGGCAUGGAGCUUUUACUGACCUGUUCUGUUGUUCAGCUUAUGACAAUUCAGCUCUGCUCAAUCAGAGCACUGUUUUAA